AGGGCGCAUGCGCGAGGCCUGCCGGUGCGCACGCUGCCCGCCCCCGGCCCCGCCCCGCCCCGGCCCCGCCGCCGCGGCCACACCGGGAAGGGCUCCAGGCGCUAUGGCGGCGGCUGCGCGCAAGGUUGGAGGAAACUUCCCGCGGCCGGUGGCCUCCUGAGCGGCAGAGCGAGCGAGCGGGAGCGCCCGGGCCCGGCCGCCAGGCCUCUCCCGCCGCCGGGGUAGCGGAGCCGCACUGGGCGGGCGGAGAGCGCGGGGGUGCGCAGCGGGCCCGCCUCAUGCGCAGUCACCUGCGGAGGGGCUGAGCGGAGCCGCCGCCGCCGCGCCGGGGGCUCCUGGCGAGCGCUUGCCGGGGCAGCCCCCGUUGCCCGGCCCUGCGGAGCCGCCGCCGAGGGACGCGCACCGACCCCGCCGCCAGCCGGAGCCGCCGCCGGGGAGCGACCUGUCAGGGAGCCUCGCAGGCCGGCCCCGAGAACCUUCCCACGCGCUGGUUUGUCCCCGGGAGAAGGCGAGUUGGGAGCCUCUCCAUGCCUUAUCAAGUUCAUUAUCUGAGCGGCUCCCGGGAGCUCUAGACCAGUUCAGCUUUAUCUGGUGUGAGGGAGGAAAACAGCGUAGCUCUCGCACUCCAUCCUGUAUCGAGGACCACCUAUUCUGCUGGGGUUUAACACACGAAGAUGGUGAAAUGCCGACUGCUGGGUGAACCAUUAGGUCCCUGUUGUGGAACGAGGGCUUUGUAUUCACCUUCCAGUUCCUGAUCCGUGCCGAGUGUGAGAGGACGCUAAUCUUUCUCCUUCAUCCCCCUUCCCUAACCCUUUCCUUGCUUCCAUGUUGCAUUGGUCAGACUUUUGGUCAGUGUUGUUUACGGAAGGGGGGGGGGAAGAAGGCAGUUGAGGUUACAAACAAAAGUACUUGUAUGACUCAUCUACUUGGAUUUAAGACAUUGUAUCCUUCUUUCACGGGGCCUUUGCUUCUCUCUGAAGGAAUCAGAUGCUUUUUCCUAUUCUUCCAGAGGAGGAUGGAUUGAAAGUUGUACGUUUUAGACUUUUUUUGGGCCACUGCUGAUAUUAUUAAAAGACAUAAUGGGACUUUUUCACUGGAUUAUUGCCAGAAUUAGUUUACACACUGAAACCAUGAGUUGUUAGGCCUCUCAUGAUAAUAUUUGUCCUGCUUUAAUAUAAAGUUGCUGUGGAGGUGUUUUUAAAACUGUGGAGGACAGUCUGCAUCAGAAGAGGCUCUCUUCAUCUCUGGUUGGUGUGGCAACCACAAUCUGUCCUCGAUGCCUUCAGCCUUGGCCAUCUUCACUUGCCGCCCGAACUCCCACCCGUUUCAGGAGCGUCAUGUCUACCUGGACGAGCCCGUCAAGAUCGGCCGCUCCGUGGCUCGCUGCCGGCCAGCCCAGAACAACGCCACGUUUGACUGCAAGGUGCUGUCCAGGAACCAUGCUCUUGUCUGGUUUGACCACAAGACAGGCAAGUUCUAUCUUCAAGACACUAAAAGUAGUAAUGGUACCUUUAUUAAUAGUCAGAGACUGAGUAGAGGAUCUGAGGAAAGCCCACCAUGUGAAAUUAUGUCAGGUGACAUCAUCCAGUUUGGUGUAGAUGUGACGGAGAACACGCGGAAAGGUAAGGUUACCCAUGGAUGUAUAGUCUCCACAAUCAAACUGUUCCUUCCAGAUGGAAUGGAAGCUCGAUUGCGAUCAGAUGUUAUCCAUGCGCCAUUACCAAGUCCUGUUGACAAGGUUGCUGCUAACACUCCCAGUAUGUAUUCUCAGGAAUUGUUUCAGCUUUCACAGUAUCUACAAGAAGCCUUACAUCGGGAACAAAUGUUGGAACAGAAGCUGGCAACCCUUCAGCGACUACUUGCUGUCACACAAGAGGCUUCAGAUACUAGUUGGCAGGCUUUAAUAGAUGAAGACAGGCUGCUAUCAAGACUAGAGGUUAUGGGAAAUCAGUUACAAGCUUGUUCAAAGAAUCAAACAGAAGACAGUAUACGAAAAGAGCUUAUAGCAUUACAGGAAGACAAACACAACUAUGAGACAACAGCCAAAGAGUCCCUGAGGCGGGUCCUUCAGGAGAAAAUUGAAGUGGUCAGAAAAUUAUCUGAAGUGGAGCGGAGUUUAAGUAAUACAGAAGAUGAAUGUACACACCUGAAAGAAAUGAAUGAGAGGACUCAGGAAGAAUUAAGGGAAUUAGCUAAUAAGUACAAUGGAGCUGUAAAUGAAAUUAAAGAUCUUUCUGACAAGCUAAAGGUAGCAGAAGGAAGACAAGAAGAAAUCCAACAAAAAGGACUGGCUGAGAAAAAGGAAUUACAGCAUAAAAUAGAUGAAAUGGAAGAAAGAGAGCAAGAGCUUCAAGCAAAAAUAGAAGCUUUGCAGGCUGAUAAUGACUUCACCAAUGAGCGGCUGACUGCUUUACAAGUACGGUUAGAACACCUGCAAGAGAAAACUCUUAAAGAACACAACAGUUUAGGCAUACAAGUUGACGACUUCAUACCUAAAAUUAAUGGGAGCACAGAGAAAGAGCACUUUCUUUCAAAGAGUGGAGGGGACUGCACUUUUAUUCAUCAGUUCAUAGAAUGUCAGAACAAGAUCAUAGAUGAAGGACAUCUAACCAAAGUGGAAGAAACAAAGCUUUUGAAAGAAAACCAAGCACGAGUCAAAGAAUCGAACGAUUUGUCUGACACCCUUAGCCCAAGCAAGGAAAAAAGCAGCGACGACACUACAGAUGCUCAAAUGGAUGACCAAGAUCUAAAUGAACCUAUUGUCAAAGUAGCUCUUCUAAAAGAUGAAUUGCAGGGUGCACAAUCAGAGACUGAGGCUAAGCAAGAAAUUCAGCAACUGCACAAGGAGCUGAUUGAAGCCCAAGAGCUAGCUAGGACAAGUAAACAAAAAUGCUUUGAACUUCAAGCUCUCUUGGAAGAAGAGAGAAAAGCAUAUCGAGUGCAAGUUGAAGAAUCCAACAAGCAAAUAAAUGCUCUGCAAGCCCAGUUGCGAAGGUUACAAGAAGAAAUUGAGAAUCUUCGCAAGGAAAAGGAGAAUGAAAUUUCAACCACUCGAAAUGAACUAGUCAGUGCUCAAAAUGAGAUUCUGUCACUUCAAAAAGUAGCAGAAAAAGCAGCCUCAGAACGAGACACAGAUAUUUCCACCUUGCAAGCUGAGCUGCAGACGGUGCGAGCGGAGCUUGACCGGUGGAGGAAAGAUGCCUCGGAUUAUGAAAAAGAAAUUGUCACUCUGCAAUCCAGUUUCAGGCUCAAAUGCCAGCAGUGUGAGGAGCAGCAGAGGGAAGAGGCCUCUCGCCUGAAAGAUGAACUUGAAAAGUUGAAGGCAGAGUGGAUUGCUCUGGAAGCUGAAUGUGUUAAACUGAGGAAGGAAAAUACUUCACUUACAUCUGAACUUCAGCGACAAGAGAAGGAGCUUUCUAGCUCUCAGAAGCAGAGUUUAGCACUAACCAGCGAUAUAAGUGUUCUUGAAAUGUCUCGGAAGGAACUUGAAAAUCAGAUGGGAUCUUUGAAAGAAAAACAUCAACGGGAUGCAGCCAGUCUGAAAACUCAACUCAGUGAAGCUGAAAGUCAAGCAAAAGAUUUUCAGAAAGAGUAUGAAAGAACACAGACUGUGCUCUCGGAGCUGAAGGCAAAGUAUGAGGUGGCUGAACAACAAAACCAGUCGCUCACCGAGGAGCUCAAACAAUGUAAAGAAAACCUGAAGCUGCUACAAGAAAAAGGAAACAAUCCUUCCAUAUUACAACCCGUCCCAGCCGUAUUCAUCGGCCUAAUCCUGGCUUUCCUGUAUUGGUGUUACGGCCCAUUGUGGUAGCGAAAGAGACAAUGGCCUUGGAUGCCUGUGAUGGCAGCUUUGGUUGCUGUAACAGCCGUGGUGCUGUACCCAGGCCUAACCAGAGCUUCUCCAUGAGAACUGUUGUUGAAUCCAUACACCGUCCUCCCUUUAGAAGCUGGCAACAUUCAUAUACUGAGGGAAAACAGAUUAAUUCUCUUCCUUUUUACCUCUUAAUACAGCACAGCUCUGCGUGAGAACAGCAGUAGGGUCAUUUGCUUUAAACUGUAUAAAAUGUAUCUGUCUAUAAAGAGGGAAUAAAAUUGUGAUUCUUCAUUCUGUGAGCAAUAUUUUUGCUUACAACUUCAUGCAAGUUUUAAAUUAGUAUGUUGGGAUUCUGAAUACUAUAAUGGUGGCCUAAAGCAGGCUUCUUGGUACCAAAUUAUUUAUAAUGGCUAGGGUCGUGGACACUGACUUUAGAAUCUGAUUGCUAGACUUAAGAGGAAAAUACUGAUUUGGACAUCCAAGCCAAGUAACCUUGCAGAUACUUGGGAAACAGAUGCAGUGUGCUCAGUGCCUUUCAGUAUGAUCUAUUUUUUUUUAAACUAGUGUAUCAUUUUACUUGCUGUUAGUCACUGAGCUGUUGGGAACAAGACUUAAGAAAACUUCUCUUACUACGCCUUUCGAAGGAAGCCUAUUUUUCUUCCAUAAGGAUUGCUUUAUUAAUGGGUUUUGGGAAUAAACACAAUUCAUGUCCAGCCUUAAAGAGAUAGAGAUACUGAUGGUGAAGACCAGCCUAAAGUAUUUAGUGUGCGCGUGUGCGAGUGUAAGCAUGUGUGUGUUCUUGAGUGAACUAAGGUGUUUCUGGGAGCAAGUACUUGGUCAUUUGAUGGACACAGUGCAUUGAUUCAACUUAUGUUAACUUUAGUUUGAAUGUAAUUUAUUAAAUUUCAUAUAUUUAAAGAGAUACAUUCUUUAAAAGUAUGAAUACCUUCUCACAUAUCACAUGUAUCAGUUUAUUUUUUCAGUCAUUUGAUACCUUCUGACUUGAGCUGGAGAAGCUCUUUAGAAUAAGCUUUUGUGGACGUAACUUUAUUAAGAGAACUGCUACAGUACGUCUGUGAUAGCUGAGAAAAUCUAGAUACAUAAAAUACUACGGAAUUGGAAUCAUAUACCUGAUGAAGCAUUGUCAGGUGGAGAUGAUUUUAAUUUGGUAGUAAAAUUUUGUGGCUCCUUAUCACAUGGCUGUAAGUAUGAUGCAGUGGUCCCCAUUACAAAGUUUAUUUUCCUUAUCUAAGUACUAUAACUAUUGCAAUUUGCUGACUUUUGGUGGGAAUCACUGUAGUUAGUGCUGAAUUAAAUGUAGACAGUAGUUGUCUUGUUCAGCUCAACAGUUCUGUCAAAAAAGUUUAUUAAAGACUUAACUAAUAUGUUAAAGAAUGGUAAGGUAAAUAAUAUGGCUCUGCUAAAGGAAACUUCAAAAUAGGGUGGUCACCUCAGCAAUUCAAUUGGCUUUAAAGAAUGUUAUGGCAAUCGACAGAUAGUUAAAAUAUUUAAAUAGAAAUUUAGUAUAUAAUUUACUUUGUGAGGUUUUAAGGGUCAUUGUCCUUUAAUUAAAGGUUCUAUCUUAAGUUACAUGGGAUUUGCUAAUGGGAGGAUUAUUAGUUGGAGAAAAUAGUCCACAAGUGACUUGUAGAAAAUAACUAUUGUCAUUUAGUUCAUUCAUUUCAUCCUUUUCAUCCUUUUCAGUUGCAGGAAGCCACCCAACCACAGAACACUCGUAUGCCAGUGGUACUUAGUACCUCUUGUAUAUAGGUUAUUGCAAAUAUUGUUCUGAAAUGCUUAACUUCAGAAUUACAUUUUUUAAGUAAUUAAUUGUUUUAAAUCUAUUUUGUAAAGAUAUAAAAAUACAAUAGAAUUUCUGGAGUACAGAUUAAACUAUUUGCACUAACACACGUGAUGUGCAUGAUUUAAUAAAAUAACUUUACUCUCCCUA